ACGUCCAAACCGUCAACAAACUGGACAAGUUUUUCCCGAGGCGCUUCAGGUAGCUAGCUUCACUCAACCAUUUUUACAACGAAUGUUACCCUACUCGGAGUGCGAGAGGUGACCGAGACAUGUUGAAUGCUAAAUGCGUCAAUAAAAAGCACAGGACGGACAGAAAUCUGCGUCAUGUCGGCAGCUCUCGACAGACCAGCGGCGGAGCUCACGGUCAUGGACGUGUACGACAUAGCUGCGGUGCUCGGGCAGGAGUUUGAGCGGGUCAUUGACAGGUUUGGGGUCGAGUGUCUGGUCGGGGUGGUGCCCCGAGUGGUACGGGUUCUGGAGCUGCUGGAGGUGCUGGUGAGCCGUGCACCCGCGCCACAGGAGGCCGAGGAGCUGCGGCGGGAGCUGGACAGACUGCGGCAGGAGAGGAGCGACAGAUACGAGCAGGAGAGGAAGCACCAGAAGGAGUUGGAGCAGGUGGAGGAUGUUUGGAGAGGAGAAGUCCAGGACCUGCUGUCUCAAAUCACUCAGCUUCAGGCAGAUAACAAGAGGUUGUUGGUGAGUCUCUCGCUGAAAGAGUCUCCCAUCACCGAGGAGGACCUACAGCAAAAACGUGAGGUAAUUUCAGAAAGAGACAGCCAAGUGACAAAGAAGCUGAGAGAUGUCGUGGAUAAACAGAGAGAUGAAAUCAGGGCUAAAGACCAUGAGCUGGCGCUAAGAAACGAGGAUGUUGAAGCUCUCCAGAUGCAGCAGCAUCGACUCAUGAGAAUCAAUCAGGACCUUCUUCACAGGACUGGAGUGAUGAAGGCUCAGUGUAAAACACUGAUUCAGCAGAGAGCCGAGCUGGAAGCUGCAACACAAGCACGGCAGCAGGAGUAUGGAGCUCUGCAGAUGGAGGCCACGAGGCUAAAGAAGGAGCUCCAGGAGGAGUUGGAAAGAAAAGCUGCUGUGAUGGAGGACUUUCCUCUUUCAAGACCUGGACCGUCAUCAUCAACAUCGCCACCGAUCACAUCCACAGCAGCAUCGCUUCCCGACUCUGUCAACUCUGUCAAAACAAAGUCGGUGUGGGUGGAAUGUAGAGAAGAUCCUGGCUUCGUGGCAAAGUGCUUUGAGUGUGAUAGGAGUCUUUCUCUUCUGACAAAGUCUGCAAACAAAGAGAAUGAGAGAAACUCUGAUGAUGAUGACGAAAGGAUGGUAGCACAUUUGCAGAGGGAAUCAGCUGAUCCAGAGCCAGAGGAAGAAACGGACUGCUUGGAGCAGGAGUCAGAUAAACCUCGAUUCACCCUGCAGGAGCUGAAGGAUGUCCUGCAGGAGAGGAACGAACUCAAAGCCCAGGUUUUCAUGCUCCUAGAAGAGCUGGCAUAUUAUAAAAGUGAGGAGUUGGAGGAUGACAUCAGUCCCCCCUUAAGCGGGUCUCCUUCAUCACAGCCGACUUCAGCUGAUCAGCCUGAAUCAGGAAUAAGGCGAUUGAUCUUCACUGCCAUAAUGCCUAUGGUGGCAGCUGGUUUGAUCACAGACGAUCCAACAUUAUUGCCAAUCAGAAGACUUAUUUCCUUUGUUUGACCUUGAUUUUAUUAUUGUUGGAUGACAUCUCGAAACAUUUUGCCACCACAUAUUUACAGCAGUUUGUUUAAGAGCAGCGUUGUUCUUUUUUUUAAAAUCAAGUAUCUCUUAUUUAUCCAGUUAAAGCCAAAGUGAA